AGCAUUUCCAGUCAUCAAAGCGUACUGGUUUCUCAUAUAGCGAGUGACACGCAUAAACAUACAGAUACAUUGAGCGGUGAGAGUAUAAUCUGGAAAUGGCAAGCCCAAGAGUGUUAGGGACUGCUUUCCUCGUCUUGCUUAUUUUAGACCUCACCUUUGCUGCUAGGACACUGCAGUCAAUCAGUGGAGGUGGAGGUGGAGGGCAGGGAGGAGGUGGUGGUGGUGGUUCUGGAUCAGGACUCGGGUCAGGUUAUGGUUCUGGGUCUGGAUAUGGGAGCGGUGAAGGAUAUGGUGCUGGUGGUCAUGGAGGAGGUGGAGGCAGAGGCGGAGGCGGGGGCGGGGGAGGUGGCAGGGGGGGAGGCAACUGUGCAUACUUUCUUUAUGGCUCUAAAAGAUGGGCGCAGAUCACCGAAUUUACUUUCCAGGAAGUUACUUCUGGCUUGGAUUCCAUCGCCGAGACCAUAACGAUGAAUGAUGAUCCAAAUGCCGAUGCCAUUAUUUCUUCAAGAAUUCGUCCUGGCAUUGCGAGAAGCGAUUUGCGUGAGGAUGAUAUUCAGGGUGUAGGAGCCUUAUUCCGAUUCACUAAUAAUUAA